UACUGCGUUGAAAGCAGGUUUAAACUUGUGAUGCAAUUAUUGCUGGUGUUAUAUGGAAUGCUAAUGAGGCUUGCAGGAAGUCUAAGCUGUGGGUGCACAGCCCAAAAUAGUUUGUUUUGCAAGAUUUGGGAAGUUAGGUGGGCUGUCUUUCUGAGACUUCCUGUCUAUGAAAGUGCAGGGUGUACUGGAUUGAUGCAGCUUUUGAUGAAUAAUGUCAUAAAUUUUUAAGGGAGCUAAACAUGUACUGUAGUCUCCCUCUUCGAAAGGGACUAUUUGAGAUGUCUAGUGAGACAUCUGAAAAGACCUACUCUAAAAAAGUAGAAAUAUAUAAAUCUCUGGUAUCAAAUCUGCAAAUGCAUCUGACAUCUCUAUAUUGUGUACACUUUUUUUUACCUCAUUUUUUAACCCCUCAGAAAGAGUCCCAUUCAGCUGAGUAGAUCUGUGAGGAAUUGCUCUUUCACAUAUUGGAGUGUCUGAGUAACUUUCACAGAGCUUUACCCCAGGCACUUGUCAUACACUGGCCAGGUAUCACCAAAUACUCCACAGUCCACAGUAAUUUCCUUGCACAGUUGUCAUGCUGGAGUCAUGUGAAAACAAGUCUUUGAUCAAGAAAAUCUAAACGGCUCUGGUGUGUUUUCUUUGCAUUUUUGGUUUUGUUUGUUUCUGAUCUUGUUCUUGAGCCCUGUCAGAAAAGUUGAUUCUGACAGCCCUCAUGCUCCUAGUUGUCUGGUUUUAUCUUGUAAUUGUUGGGAUUUUGCAUUAUUUAGUGUUUCUCUGGCUCUCAUCUUUCCAGUAUCAGGUGGAUACGUAUUUGAUUCUUGGGUACACUUUCUGCAUUUUAAAGAUACAUUUUACAAUAUCUACACUUCUCUUAAGCCUUCCACAACUAGAAUAAUUGGGAAAUCCAAAUGGCAUCGUACUGAUGCAUUACCACCCUUCUCCUGGCCCAGUGAAGGCACCAUGAGUUUUCUUCCUGCCUGCUAACCCAGCUGGUUGUAAUUGCUGUACAGACAUGCCUGAUGAAGUAUUUGUUACUCUCUAUUAAUAUUGUAAGUUAUACUAAUUAUUUCCUCAUGAGCAUUUUUUCUAAAUUGUGCUGAAAAUUAGGUUAAGAAAUUUAAUAUCUCCUUAAAGCACAGCUAUUCAUAGAGUUAAGAAUAAAAUAGGAAAAUUAUUGAAAUUCUCAUGAAUUGUGCUUGUGUGAUUGUUUAGAGGGGGCUACAUUCAGAAUAGGGCACCUACCUUCUGAACCUUUCCUGUAGAGGAUCAGAAGAACCACAGGAGAGCCCUGCUACCAAAUUCAUGCCUUAUUAAUCCAGCCCUUGCAGUCUUAAGCAACUGGUGCUGGGACUGUGCAUCAGUCUUGUCAUCUGUAUACAAAUGUAAGCCCCACUGCAAGCAUCACGGAGGGCUUCAGAUGUUAAUCUGUGGGAAGGAUGCGAGUAAUGCAUCCUUUAAGAAAUUUGGAAGGGCUCCAGUUUAGCAUUUUCGACAACACAGGGAUGAUUAAUUCCAGAGGCAGCCAUAAGGUUUUAUUUGGGAAGGAGAUCUGGAGGGAUCAUUAUGUUUGUUUUUUUUUUAAGUUCUUAACUUGAAAUAGCAAUUAAUUGACUCAGCUGUUGUCCUACAGUUGCUAGUAAGUGUUAAAGCAUCCUGGCCAAAUUGCAGUCAGAUAGCUGAGUAACUAACUGCUGGAGGCAUCCAUGCCACACUCCUGGCUGUACAGGCUGUGUGGGAUGCACAAAGCUCUCGGUGUGUGUGAGGAGUCAUGGCAGGACACAGCCAUUCUGUUGCUGAGUGCUGAGCUGAGCAGUGGCAGUCAGCAGAGCAAAGCAGCACUCAAUGGCUUUUAUCUAAACCAAGUGUGUUACAGGCAGCUGCAGUUCAUUGACUAAUGAGACAUGAAGAAAAGGGCAGCACAAACGAGUGUUGCUCUGUGAAAGCUAUGCUAAAAUUCACAGCAGCUUUUAACAGAGCUAUUGUCAGCAAAGUUUUUACUUUUUCUGGGCCUUCUCUAAAACCUUUAAAAAAAUCAGAAUACUUCAGCUAUUUUAUAGCACUUGCUAUUAAGUUUCAGGAAAUAUGCACUUAGCAUGUGCUGUACCACCUGUAGAGUGUAUGGGCUUUGCUGUUGUAAAAGCCUGGGUUUCUGGUUAUAGCUUUAUGAAAUGACAGUGCUGAGAAUGCGGCACAAAGUGACCAUCCUCUCAGUCAGAUAAAGUGCUUACCUUGAAUCUCCUCCUGCUUCCUGAGCCCCAUGAGUAGGGAAUACACAAAACUCAAAGUGAGGAUUUGGUUCCACAGCCCUGCCUCACCCCUGUGUGCAGGAGUGUGGCUGUUUAUCAAAGUCCGUGGGUGGUGCCAAAGCAGUAACAACCUCAUUGGUGCCUUCGAUAUUUUGCAAUUUGCAGGUCUGAUUUUUUUUUUUUUUUUUUUUUUUGCUAGUGUAGAGACAGUGUGAGGAGAGCAUGCUUUUUUUUCCAGUAGUCAUUACGAGGUGACGUGUACCAAGGUAAGCAGGAUAAAUUACUGAACAAAGUGCAUCUGCAAUUGAAUGCUGCUGAUUUUCACCUAAGACCAGGCUGGAGAGAGCACACUUGCAGAAGCCUUGAUCUCUUGGGGUUCUGAAGGCUGGAAAAAUCACAGAUCCCAAAAUUUUCACCAUGAAGAGCUCCAGAAAUGUAUUCUAUCUUCUCUUCUUUCAUGCUGGUAAGUGUCCUUCAAAAACUUUGGUUGUAGCAUGAUGUCUCGGGUUCACCUCUGUGUGAUGUGAGAGAGCAGAAAGAAACUAGAACCACUUCAGAACCAAUCUCAUAUGGCCAGGAAAAUAAAUAGAGGGAAAUAAUAGAAAAGGAGUAGAAAAGAUACCAUUGACUCAUUGGUAUAAAAUGUUGUAUUCCCUAAGCACUGAAUCUACUUCUUCUGGUGCAGUAGUGUCUGUUUCUCACAACAGUAAGAAACUUACUUUGUAAAAAUAGAAAUAAUUGCUUUAUUUCACUUAUGCUCUAUGCAACAUGUUGGCUUUCUCCUGUCACUCCCAAAUUCUAAUGGUGAAUGCUUUUAAAUUCAGAGAGGCAAAAUUGUGAAUAAACUUGGGUUCAGAGACUGACCUGCUGUUUUAUGAUAGGAAGAGAGGCUAACUGCAGGCCUUGUCUGCACUCAAGCCCACUGCAGCUGGGUUAACUUGUAAAUAAGGAGCCAGGACAUUGCCCAGAUCUGGCUUUCCUGUAACAACAAAGGUCAGCAGUUUGGAAAGGGACAAAUAAUUACCUGUUUUUGAUGAGUGAGGAAAAAAAAUCAACAGAUUAAUACUGUUUCACUAUUUUGGCUGAAACACAGAGCCAAAUGAGCUUUAUUUCAUGUUUCAGGUGUGUAUGGCUAAUGAUUUCUUCACAGAGUUCAUGCUUCACCUCCUGUGUGUGUAUAUCUAAAACCAGAAUGCUGAGGCUGAAGAAUGGCACUUGGCAGAUUUUACAUACUGAGAUGCUGACACCCCAAUUUAAUUUCUGUUGGCUUGUGUUUAUGAAAAGAAAACCCAAACCCCUUUAUCAAUGAAAACUGGGGUUCUUCUUUCAGCCCCAAAGAAUUAAUGGUGAAAAUUUCACUCAGGCAGAUGAGGUACAGAUUAAGUUUCUGUGAGGUGUGUUUUUAUGAUGACCCUGAAGUGCCUUUCUUCUGACCAUCUCUUGUUUCUCAGAACUCCUGCAACUCAGAGGUGGGUAAUUGUUUCUCCCUCUACUAGCACAUGCUGCCACUAAAACUUCUUGUAAGUUUUCCAAGUCUGACUUAAUGUUUGUUGACAGCAGUUGAAUUGGCUCCCUGUUGCAGCAGAACAACAAGCCAAAACCGCUGUUUCAGUGUCGGGUUUUUUGGCAUCAACAAUCUUGUUUAGUCUGCAGCCACCCAGUCAGAGAACGUGUGUGGGAGCACUGUCGAGCACUAGUGGAGUAACUUUUAACUUGCAGAGUUGGAUGUGGCAUCUCAGCUGCAUGACACUGGUGGGAAGUAGAGGGCCAGUUAGAGGUCUUAGAAAACCACGUGACAAACAGCUUGCAGCAGACUCCAGCUUAAAAAUCGAUAUCGUAGAAAAGCAGUAGAAUGUUGUGCCCCACUUACAGAAACAAUCUGUGCCUGUUUGUCAGCAUAAGCCAUCCUCGCGUUUGCAGCCACACCGUUGGUGUUGGUGACAUCUCCUUACAAGAGCAACCAAGUGUUUGUAGCUUUGACACAUAGGAGGGUGGUGUUUGGGCCUGCUGAAAGGCACCUUUCUUCACUGAUUAAUGGAAAUCUCCACUACUAAACUUGAGUCUUUUCAUUCAUGGCACCACCCUCCCCUUUUCAUGGCUGUGGUUAUGGUCUCUUAUGAAAGAGUGUUUUGAAGGGACAAGUUUACUUUUUUAGUUUUCAUAAUAAGCCUAGUGGCAAGGCUCUUGAGCACUCAAGGUUGCUUUCCUAAUUCAGACCAAAAAGGGCUGGGGCAGGACUCCAGGUACUAACCAGCAAUAAUUGAGACAAAGUUAUCUUUAGGCAGUCUCUUUGGUUUUGUAGUGUAUAAUUUUAAAUGCUUCUGACAGGAGAAAAGAUUAUGUGUUCUGCAAAGUUUUAAGAACAGUCUAGACGCCCUGACCUAUUCCAUGGUAUCUGUAUUUCCUAUGUCAGAAACAAAUGCCAUUGGGUUUCAGUAUCUGAGUCUGACCCUGUCUUGUAUUCAGUCAAAAAAACCUUCAGUAUUCAUGGUAAGCGAAAUGAAAGUGGGAAUAAUCUCUAAAGACCCAUUGCUAAAAGAGCCCUGACUUUUUUCUGUUAGGGAGAAGCAGAAUGAAAGGCUGGCUCUUUGGGAGCCAUUAAAUGGUAAGCUCUGUUUUGAAGGCGCUGAUGUGUUUUAUAAUAUUUUCUCUUGGUGUUGUGUUUGCAGUUCUCGGCCUGGAACAUAUCCGGUGGUGCACUGUCUCUGAGCAAGAACUUUCCAAGUGUAAUGACAUGAGUAAGGCCUUUGGUGAGGCUGGAAUCCUCCCCACUCUGCAGUGCACAGCAGGGGGGUCAGCUGCCAACUGCACCCAGAUGAUCAAGGAUGAUUUGGCAGAUGCAGUGACACUGGACGGCCACUCGAUUUACCAGGCUGGAAAGGAGAAUGGUCUGAAACCAGUGGUUGGGGAAGUAUAUGACCAAGAGAUUGGAACUUCCUAUUAUGCUGUGGCUGUGGUAAAGAAGAGCUCCAACAUAACCAUCAACAGCCUGAAGGGUGUGCGUUCCUGUCACACAGGGAUCAACAGAACUGCAGGCUGGGAUGUGCCAGUGGGUUAUCUGACUGACAGUGGGCGCCUGGCAGCAAUGGGAUGUGACCUUCCAAAAGCUGUAAGUGAAUAUUUCAAUGCAAGCUGUGUUCCUGGAGCAAAUGGUGUGAACUAUCCCAAAUCCCUUUGUGAGCUCUGCAUAGGGAAUUCGGCUGGAGAGCACAAAUGUGAACGAAAUUCCCAAGAGCAAUACUAUGACUACAGUGGGGCUUUCAGGUGUUUGGCUGAAGGUCCUGGAGAGGUUGCUUUUGUGAAGCACAGCACAGUGCCUGAAAAUACAGAUGGAAGAAGUUCUUUCUUGUGGGCCCAGCGGCUUCGCUCCCGGAACUUCCAGCUCCUGUGUCGCGAUGGCAGCAGAGCUGAAGUGUCAGAGUGGAGAACCUGCCACCUGGCCCGAGUCCCAGCUCGCGCCGUGGUUGUGCGGCCUGACACAGAUGGAACAGUUGUCUUCCAUCUCCUAAACCAGGGACAACAAAGAUUUAAUGGGGUGGGUGCCAAGUUUCAGAUGUUUGACUCUGCAGCCUACGGUGCCCAAAAUCUUCUGUUCCGAGACUCCACGACAGAGCUCGUUGCAAUCACAGCUCAGAAUUAUCAAGCAUGGCUGGGUGAUGAGUACCUUCAUGCCAUGCAAGCUCUGAGCUGCGACCCCAACACCUUGCCAGAAAGCCUGAAUUGGUGUGUUGUAUCCACUGAGGAGAUUUGGAAGUGUGGUGAAAUGGCUGUUGCCUUUAGGAAAAAGAAUUUGAAACCAGAAAUUCAGUGUAUUUCAGCCAAGACAAAGGAAGAGUGCAUGGAGAUGAUCCAGAAAAAGGAAAGUGAUGCCGUAGUUCUGGGUGGAGCUGAUAUUUACACAGCUGGGAAGACAUAUGGCCUUGUACCAGCUGCUGGAGAAAGUUACUCUGCUAAUGACAGCAGCAAUGCAUACUAUGCUGUGGUGUUAGUGAAACGAAAUCUGUCCAAUGCAUUCACCAUCAGUGACCUGAAAGGGAAGAAAUCCUGCCACACAGGACUGGGGAGAAAUGCUGGAUGGAAUAUUCCUAUUGGCAUACUAAUUAAGAGGGGGAUUAUUAAGCCCAGAGACUGUAAUAUUCCUCAAGCUGUGAGUGAGUUUUUUUCUGCCAGCUGUGUGCCUUCAGCUGAGCAGGACAAUUACCCAUCAAAACUCUGUCAACUCUGUAUUGGGGACGAGAGUGGAAACAAUAAAUGCAGUGCAAGUAGCCAAGAACGUUAUUACAGCUACAGUGGAGCCUUCAGGUGCCUGGCAGAGGACUCUGGGGAUGUGGCCUUUGUGAAGCACUCGACAGUGUUUGAGAACACAGAUGGUAAUAACACUGAUAGUUGGGCCCAAAACUUAAAGUCCAGUGAUUUCCAGUUACUGUGUCCAAAUGGUGCCCGUGCUGAAGUCACUCAGUUUGCUGACUGUCACCUGGCUCAGGUGCCAGCUCAAGCCAUUAUGGUUCACCCAGAUAUCAACGUUUUUGCUCUGUAUGGACUACUGGACAAAGCCCAGGUCUACUUUGGAAAUAGCAGCAAUGGAAAUGGAUUCAAAAUGUUUGAUUCUUCAACUUUUCAAGGAAAAAACUUGAUCUUUAAGGAUUCAGCUGUUGAGAUUGUGCCAUUACAAGAGAAGAGAACAUACACAGAAUGGCUGGGGAGUGAAUAUGUUGAGUCCCUCGAAGGGAUGCAAACACCACAGUGCUCUGGGGCAGGCAAUAAGAUAACACAGUACUCCUUUGUGGCUGCAGUCAUUCCCCUUCUUGUUUUGUGUCAGAUACAAGGCUUGGACUAGGACGGUUCAAAUGGCAACUUCCAGGCCACCUCUGCCCGACCACCUUCUCUUCAGAAAAGCUGUUUGGAUAAUGUGCUGUGCUAACAUUUGAAUGCCUCUUCCUGCCUCUUGCAGGGCAAGUGCCAACAGCACCUGCUCAUCAGGAGAGUGGGAUGGGGCUGGAAGCUGCCCCAUCUGUGUGGAUGGGGUGGAAUUUGUGGCAGAAGCCAGCAAUACAGUAUCAACAUGGUUUACAAGAUCAGUCCAAACCUGGAGCAUCUCUGCCAUCGUUGCUGAUGUUGAACCAUUCAGGAUUUCCAAGUAUUGUUAGAUGGAUACUGGGUUUCUGACCUGUAGAAGAAUUUCUGCAUGUUGGAAGGCAGUAUCAAAAACCUUGUCUAGUGAAUCCUCUCUGGUUUCCUGGCUGGUUAAGUUCAGACUGCACAUCCCUGCUUAACCCAUCCUAUCCAGUGCCUCCUGAGCUCUGCUGCCAUAGAGGUAAGUGCACAGAGGAUGGACAGGCUGUGGACAGAGACCAGUUUAGAAAACAGCUGAACAGCUGUGGACAAAGUCUUCCACCCUCCAGUAGAAGGAAGUAGGGGAAAUUUCCAAAGACACUGGACAAAAAAGAAGCCCAGAGAGACUUGGAGGGGACUACCUGUUGACAGAGAAAAGGACAAAUCCAUAUGUGAGCAUCCACUGAGCUUGUUGACUUUACCAUACCCAGUACUCACAAGAUAUCCUGUGAUCUUUAAUCUGAUGCAGUCUCCAUCAAGAACCUUGUGGUUCUCCUCCUUCCACACAGGGCUCUCCUGAGUGCCUGUGCAUGAAACUUGUAUUUGCUGUAGGUGAAACAAAAGUACUUCACUUAUGAGUAACCAUUUCUGUUUCUACUGGCUGUAGAAUGUGGAUUUUAUUUUUAUCCAUAGCUGCACUAACCAUGAAUGUUGCUGUGCUGCUGGCAGGCACUGUCUUCCUACCUGCCUCAUGAUCCUGGGAUGAACAGACAUUCAGUGUAAAAACAGAUAAUAAUCAUGUAAAUAAGUGAAAAUAACAAAUAAAUAUGAGAAGUAAUUACACUUUAACCAAA